AUGGUUCGUACUUGGGGAUCUUCUGAACGGAGAUCAGAAGGCCUACGGAAUUUAGUGACACUUGAUAUCCUCGCGUGCGGCGGUCUGCACCACUGGGCUUCUUUGGCCCCUCAGUUUAACAUAAGAAAUGCGGUGGCAACUGAGGAGAAACGGGCCCAGCUGGUUGGCAAGUGUCUGCAUCCUCCUUGGGCCCUAGCAAAAUAUCCACCACCAUAUGUGCAAAAGAGAGAGCCUUCUCAGUCAGGAGACCUUGGUCCCUCAGGUAACAGUAAAGAAGAACUUUUAUCCGACUCAGGAAUUGGCAAUGACGCGGACCCUCAUCACUUCCACAAUAUGUCGUGCUUUUUCAAGCUGUUCGAUGCUCCUCAGGACGACGGUAUAUUCCUGGAACCGCACGAAUACGCCAGCAGCGCUCUAGGAAGAAAGUAUUGGGGUGAGUUCGUGAGAACGAUGAAUGUCUGGCUUCAGCUUCUGUCAAUGAAGCGCCUGAACGACAUCUUAGAUUGGCUAUAUGCUUCGGUUGUGAUGUCGGAUGAUAUCCAGGAUGGCACCGAGACCUUCUUCCGGGCGCCAUUCGAGGUCAGGCAUUGGAGUUUCACUGGAAAGAGCACACCAAAUGUCCCACCAUCGAUGAAAGCAUCAGUAUGGUUGACGGUAAAACUAGCAGCCUUCUACCAUACCCUCUUCGACUCAUGGAAGCUGAAGCUGGCAUAA